CUGUGAGCCAAACACUGCACCGUGGUUUUGCCCACACUUACUGCAUCCAUUGAACUAAAGUUUGGAGCUGCCACCGGCUGGUGUUCAUUGUGCUGGUGCGCAGAAUAGAAAACACACGGAGAAGUAAAAAUAGUUUCUCGCUUGGUCUGAUGUUUCAAAAGACUGCUGGGUCAUAACGACGGAAAGAUGUUGCAGAAGUAGGAAAACUUCAACUGUUGGCUUUUACCAUUUGCACUAGGACCAGUAGAGUACCGCUCUUACUCCUGUUAAAUGAGCGAUGAAGAAGAUGAUGAUCCAGGCCUCCUGUAGGAAAGGUCUGCAGGUGUGUUUACUCCUACUGUUGGUGGGAAGACUACAGGGCAGGGUAACAGCACCAGAGCGUCUAGAAGCUCCAGUGGAGAAGCCCUUCACUCUCACUUGCAGUGUUUUGAGGGAAAGAGGUGAGUCUCUGAGGCAGGUGCGUUGGCUGGAUGUCCAGAACCAGACCCUGCUGACCUACCAACCUGACAACAGAGACAGUGUGAGUGGACAGCAGUAUGUGGAGCUCGCCUCCUCCCCGAAAGACACCUCGGCUAUCACCAUCCGCAGGGUGGUCUUCCGUGACGAAGGCUGCUACACCUGCAUCUUUGACAUGCAUCCUUCCGGUUCAAAGCAGGGACAGACGUGCCUCACUGUCACCUCACAAGUCACCGUUGAAAGCAACAAGACAGCAGUGAGUGGCAAGAAGGCCUCCCUCUCGUGCUCCUACGGUUUGCCUGAAAAGGUGCAGCAGAUCAUAUGGAGACACACUUCCGCACAAGGAGACUCAACAGAGGUGGCCUCCUUUGCAAAGCGCAGCGACCCCAUGAUAGAGCCAUCGUUCCAGGGGAGAGUCUGGCUGAGUGCCUCCCUGUCCGACAGUCAGCUCACCAUCCAGCCUGUCACUAUCCAGGACGAGGGCUGCUACACCUGCCUGUACAACACACAUCACGAUGGGCCGAAGACCUCCACAGUUUGCCUCGCCACCUAUGUGCUGCCCAAACCUCAGGUGAGCUACAAAACCACAUCUCCAGGUGUGAUCGCAGCCAACUGCACGUCAGUGUCGCGCCCCCCGGCAGAGAUAGUGUGGAACGUGGAGAGGGAUAAUCGCACCAUGGGCCCCCCUGUGACGACACAGCUCCCACAGGGCGAUGGAACCACUCUGGUCAUCAGUACGCUGACUGUCCAAUCAGGGCUGCUGAAGGACGUGUCCAUCAAAUGCUUAGUGCACCACAAAGGGCUCGAGUCACCGAUUGCUGUAUCCAUGAACACUAAAAUUGGGACGGCUCUCACCAUCCUGAUCUCCGUCACUACAGUGGCUGCCCUGUUGGUCAUGUCCCUCUGCUUCUGCCUCUGGAAGUGUUUCUUGCACAAAGAAGCUGAUUAAUCUAUCAGAUGAGACCAGAGGCUGAAAAGAAGAGGCUGUGCUUAUCAGAGCCGACCUUGCAGAAUUGUUUUCCUGCUCCAUCAUCAUCAUCAUCAUCUUCUUGGUACGAGAGGAAGAUGUUCUGACACACCUCUAUAGGAUGUAAUAUACAAUCCUAUUCAUGAACGACAUUCAGCUCUGCACUUCUGCCUCUGCACCUGACUCUUAUAUAAUCUCCAGGCUGUCCUCACAUGAAGUCAAUGAGGAAAUGUUGAGCAGAUAAUUUUUUUCUCUCUGGCUCUGUAAUUGAUUGAGUCGAUGGCCACACUCUCCACAACGCACAGCAGAAUCACUGUAUGGUAAAUGAAGGUACAGUGAUUUUGCUGUUACAACAUAUUGCAUGUCUUAAAAUACUUUCCUCUGUUUGUUUCUGUCUUUUACCUGGACCUUAAAGGAUAUUUCUAGUGAUAUUGUAUUAUUCUUAUUCAACAACUCCCAUGAAAAGCAAACAACUGAUUGAUUAUUGUGUCUGUGCAGCAAAAGUCGUGAUAUAACAUACCAUUGUUGUCUAAAAAAUAUUAAUGAGCAACAUGAUGCACCGGUGACCAGAACAUGGGCACUGUGUUAAACCACGGCAGGAAAUAGUCCCAAACAAAUUCACUAUUUACCCCGGUUUGAGUAACAUUUGCUAAAGACUACAGUACCCAUCUGUUUUUAUUUGAACUUUUUCAUGUUGAAAUAUACUAAGGCCUGUUUUUAAAGAUUCACGUCGUUAAGUUACCCAACCAAUCUAGUAUUGUAGACGUGGACCAACGCUCUGAUGUUUUUGGUAUUUACAUAGGAUCUUUUGACAAUGGUAAAAACAAAUAUAGAAUAUUGCCUGCCUUAUCCUUUACAGUGAAUAACAUAGCUAAUUGAAACUGUGAUCUCACCAUUAAGUUUUUACUUCUUGUACCUCAGCCGAAGGCCUCCAUCACUUCUGUGUAUUGUUAAAGCUGGGUGGGGUCUUCAUGUGUUCAACUAGGGCUGCAUACUUAUGUCUUGUUUGUGUAAUAUCUAUUGCAAACUUUUCUACAUGUUUCAAAGUCUGUUUAUGUGUGUUGAGAGAGCAUGGGAGUGUGCGUGUGCGUAUGUGUGUUGGCAUAUUUGUUUGAGGUUAAAUUCCACAGUCAGAUAGCUUGAAUCAAUUUCCCGGGGGGGAAAACACUGAAACCUUUUUGGUGCCCCUGAAAGGAAUGCAUGUCUCGCCGCCUGUCUACAUCCUAGAGUCAGGAGAGUUUGUGUGUGUGAAGAUGUGAUGGUGAGCGUACAGGUUGGGCUGUGGCGAUUUUGGCUUUGUUGUUUGAUAUUGGUUAAAUGCCAAGAAGAGCCACACUGUGUGUUCUUGAACAAAAACCUAAAACUGUGCCUGCUCAAUUGUACGUUGCUCUGGAUUAAAGUAGCACCUAAAUGCCUAAAAUAUAAUGUUAUGAAACUUUUUGGAUAGAUCAUGUUUGCAUGUAUACAGGGGCAUUUCAAAAUGUAAGCUUUUGACCCCAAGUAGCUCACCCGGUAUCUACAAAAACCUUACUACAGCGACCUGGGUUCAAAUCCAACUUGUGGCCCUUUACAUGAAAUCCUCUCCCCCUCUCUUUCUAUGGAUGUUCUAUCAAUAAAAGGCAAAAAGCUAAAAAUGUUUUUUAUUAAAAAAAAUGUAAGCUUCAUGCUGAAAUAAUAUUGUAUAUCAAAGCAUAUGAUAUGAAUCUAUAACCAAAAUCAGAUUUCAAACUUAUUUCUUCAAUCGAGCACAUCACAUUCCUCACCAUUAAUAAGAGUUUAGGCUGCAUUCCUCUGUCUGUAUAGUUUAACAGUAUGCAAACAACACUGAUUAUGAGCUCAGAACUUGCAUUAGAAUAAUUCUGAAAUGUUGUUUCAGAACAUUUAGUAAAAAUAAAUUGAAAUGCAACAUAGUAUCCAGCCCUGAACAGAGCAAAUACAGACACGUAAAAGAAGAAGAAAUGAAUAUGAAAUGAUGACCAACUAUGUAAAGUUAAUGUAAUAAAAUAUUUUAAAA